UUGCUCUAAUUCAACAUGCUGAUGAUUUUUUGGUGUUCUAGUUUACAGGAGACUAGUGUAAGACCUGUUGCUUCAAACAGGGAUGCUGCAUAUGCAGAGCUUGUCCUUGAUGUUUCUCCAAAGACACAACGAGUUAUCCUGAAAAAAAAGGAGCCAGGAAAACGAUCCCAGCUUUGGAGGAUGACUGGCACAGGAAUGCUUUGCCACGAAGGCUCCUCUGUUCCUCAUAACCCUCAUAAACCUUCUCCUCGGUCUGUGGAGUCUUGUAUGAUUUUAGAUAUUGCUGGUCUGGCAGCCGUCACAGAUAACAGAUAUGAGCCCCUCAUGUUGAGGAAGCCUGAUCGGCGGCGCAGCACCACCCAGACGUGGAGUUUUCGUGAUGGGAAGUUGACCUGUGGUAUUCAUGGGCUGGUUGUCCAGGCAAAGGGAGGAAUAUUAGGUCUCCGUGAUGGAGCAGAAGUUGUUCUUGGUCCGGACACUUCUAUUGAGCUUUUGGGGUCAGUUCCACCAGAACAGCAGUUCAUAAACCAGAAGAUGAGGCCGGGCUCAGGAGUGCUGGCUGUUCGAGUCGUCCCAGAUGGGCCAACUCAAGUUCUUCAGAUAACAGAUUUUAACCAGCGCAGGAAUGAUCGUUUAUCCGGUGGAGGAGAUGAAUUUCCAAUUACAGAGCAAGAUCUACGCAAAUUAAAAAAUCCAAACGUGGAGCAAGAAUUAGAAGUGCUUGUGAAACUGGAAGGUGGAAUAGGAUUGUCACUAGUCAACAAAGUCCCUGAAGAGCUAAUAUUUGCAAGCCUCACAAGAAUUAAUGUUCACUACACGCAGAUGUCAACGAGUCAGGUGCUAGAGCUCAGCGUGCAGGAUGUGCAGGUGGACAACCAGCUCAUUGGCACCACGCAGCCUUUUAUGCUCUUCCUGACACCUCGGAUGAGUGAAAAUGAGCCCCUGGAGACUGCUCCUGCAGUGCAAGUGAAUGCCAUGAAAUUUCCCAGUAAGAGUGCACUGACUGAUAUAUACAAGCAUCUGAUGAUCACUGCUCGAAAGUUCACAGUUCAAAUUGAGGAGAAGCUGCUUCUGAAGCUGUUGAGUUUCUUUGGCUAUGCUCAGUCUGAAUCAGAAGUUGAAAAGUAUGAUGAAAACCUCCAUGAGAAGGUGGUUGAAAAAGGUGGAGGACAAAAGCGAUACUACUUUGAAAAUCUAAAAAUCAGCGUGCCUCAAAUCAAGUUGAGUGUCUUCACUUCCAACAAGCUACCUUUGGAUCUCAAGGCAUUGAAAAGCACGCUGGGAUUUCCUCUAAUCCGAUUUGAAGAUGCUGUGAUUAAUCUGGAUCCUUUCACUAGGGUCCAUCCAUAUGAAACUCAGGAAUUUAUCAUUAAUGACAUUCUGAAACAUUUCCAAGAGGAGCUGCUUAGUCAGGCAGCAAGGAUUCUAGGUUCUGUGGAUUUCCUGGGCAACCCUAUGGGUCUAUUGAAUGAUGUUUCAGAAGGCGUUACUGGACUUAUAAAGUAUGGCAAUGUUGGUGGUCUCAUAAGAAAUGUCACACAUGGAGUAUCCAAUUCAGCUGCAAAGUUUGCUGGGACCUUGUCAGAUGGCUUGGGAAAGACAAUGGACAACAGACAUCAAACCGAGCGCGAAUACAUCCGCUACCACGCUGCAACGAGUGGAGAGCACCUUGUUGCAGGCAUCCAUGGCCUUGCACAUGGUAUCAUUGGAGGACUGACAAGCGUCAUCACUUCAACAGUAGAAGGUGUGAAGACUGAAGGUGGUGUCAGUGGUUUCAUAUCAGGUCUUGGGAAGGGUCUGGUUGGCACAGUAACCAAACCUGUUGCUGGAGCUCUGGAUUUUGCAUCAGAAACUGCGCAGGCAGUGAGGGACACGGCGACUCUGAGCGGCCCCAGGACACAAGCAGAGAGAGUAAGAAAGCCACGCUGCUGCAGAGGACCCCAAGGGCUCUUGCCUCGCUACUCAGAAAGUGAAGCAGAAGGACAAGAGCAGCUGUUCAAACUGACUGACAACAUCCAGGAUGAGUUCUUCAUAGCAGUGGAGAACAUAGAGAAGUACUGUGUUCUGAUCUCAUCUAAAGCUGUUUAUUUCCUCAAGAGUGGUGACUACACCGACCGCGAAGCCAUCUUCCUAGAAGUGAAGUAUGAUGACCUCUACCACUGCCUUGUUUCAAAAGAUCAUGGGAAAGUAUACGUGCAGCUGACCAAGAAAGCUGUUAAUACAAGCAGUGGUGUAGCAAUGCCAGGCCCAUCACAACAAAAACCAAUGGUCAAUGUGAAAUCUGAAGUUCUUGCAGUAAAGCUAUGUCAAGAAAUAAACUAUGCAAAGAGCCUUUAUUAUGAACAACAGCUUAUGUUAAGACUCAGUGAAAAUCAAGAACAAUUAGAGCUGGACUCUUGAAACAUCUUCCUUACUGCCAGAGUGAACUGCAGGAAUCAGUCUGGAGCUGAUGGUAUUCUGUAAUUAGAGAAAAUACUAUAUGGGAAGGAAAUAAAUAUGAUUUUAGUAUUUAACUGUAUGGAAUCAUUGUGAGUGGGCUUUUUUUGGUUUUGUUUUUAAAGCAUUAGUUGUAUAACAAAGAUACAGCUCAAAUGCAUUCAGUUCUGGGAAAUGCCUUGUAUUUUGCUAACAUGUAUAUAUGUAAAAGUGUUUCAUGUAAAUAAGAAAGUCCAGACCAGGGUGUCAGUAUGAACACAAGUCUGUUUACAGUGUAAAGAAAUUAAAGGAGCUAUACUGAGUCUUACUGCAGUACCUGAAACUACCUGUUCCUUCUCUCUCCCUCUCUCUCUGCUUUUCACAGUUCAGGAAUGUACGUAAGGAGUGUUUGUUAAAAAAAAGAAGUUCACUCCAGCUGUUGGAGCACAGAAGUUCUGUAGUUCUUAGCUUUAACACUGUGAUUAGGGUGCACUGUUUUCUGUUGUGUGGUUUUUUUUUUUUUCUUACCAUGAGUACAGCUAACCUGUAUCUCGUAUUGCACUGAAAGGUCAAUGCUUUUAACAAAAUAAUUGCGUUAUGUAAAAUACUGCAGAGAUGACUCACUAGUUUAAUUACAUUUCCAAAAUACUAGAUAACAAAAAGCUGAAUCUGUUCUGAAUCCAGAACUCAAAAAGCUAGUCAAGUCUGUACCUCUGAAGGCCCCUGCUUUCGUGUUGUUUGAAAGCAGUUCAAGUGAGCAGCCUUGGAAACUGAAAUCUUCAUGUUCAGCUUUUCCCUCCACGUGUUUGUAGCUGGCUGCUUAGUGCUGAACUCUGCUAGCAGUGGGAAGGUCAGGGUGGGGAGACAUCACUGCAUCAUUUGUCUUAAGGAUAUCAUCUUCAAAAUUAAACUUUUUGAAAUAAUAAUAAUAAAAAAAACAUGCUUUUUCAAAUGCUGUUAUGUCACACGAGUGUUUGUCUCAUCAACUACCUUUAUUCCCAGGAACUAGGUAAUCUAAUGGAACUUUUUCCAGAGGGAGUUACAAGUCUGUCUAUCUGUUUAAGAGGGAAUAGCCUGAAGAUAGUUACAAGUAAAACUAUUUUUAACUCCUGUAAUGUGAAAGGCAGAGGACUGCUGUGUGAGGACAAAAUGUAGUAUCAGUGGAUGUGUGUAUGGUCUGUCACUAGAGAUACAAAUCUAUAAAGGCCCAUUAUGCAAAUGAAACUGAUUUAAUGCACCACUUUUGUAUGUUUCUCUGUAUGAUUUUUAAGUAAAAUGUAGAAUUCAACAAG